AACAUCUAACUGCCAGCUCAAGUCAUCAUCCUCCUUUCCCAAGUCCCUCUCUGUAGCAAAGCUCCCAUCAACCCAUCAACCCAUAACCCACCACCGUCCAACCUACAAUCCCACUCUCUCUCUCUCUCUCUCGCUCUCCCGCUCUCUCUCUCCGCACAGUCUCUGUCUGUCUCUCUCUCUCUUUCUCUUCGCUUUUGAUGCAUCUCUUUCCUCCAUUGCCAUUUAAAAUUCCUUUCUCCACCAUCUUCUCUACCUCACUCCCCAAGCUCGCCCGUUUCGACUCGACCGCCGGGUUCCGAUUUUCACACGCCUUCUUCUCUGCCGAUUCGACUCGCCAGUCACAGCCUCCGCCAUCUCCGCUGCCGCCGUGCAAUUCCAUGGCCGCAGCAUCGAAAUCCCUCAUUGGAACUGUCAACUCCGAAGAAGGCCUCGCCGGGAGGUUUUGGAUCAAGUCCCGUAGAGAAGCGUUAUUCGCUAUGUACACUCCUUUCGUGGUAUGUCUGGCUUCAGGGACUCUCAAACGCGAUACUUUCCGGCACUAUAUCUCUCAAGACGUUCACUUCCUCAAAGCCUUCGCUCAAGCGUACGAAUUAGCUGAGGAGUGUGCUGAUGAUGAUGAUGCAAAAGUCACUAUAUGUGAGUUGAGGAAGAGUGUAUUGGAAGAGUUAAGAAUGCAUGAUUCAUUUGUCCAAGAAUGGGGAUCUGACAUUGGCAAAGGGGAUCCCAAUUCUGCAACAAUAAGGUACACUGAUUUCUUGCGGGCAACAGCCUCUGGGAAGGUUGAAGGAGUAAAAGGUUGUGGUAAACUUACCACUCCAUUUGAAAAGACAAAAGUUGCGGCUUACACUCUAGGUGCCAUGACACCUUGCAUGAGGCUCUAUGCUUUUCUGGCCAAGGAGCUUCUGGCACUAUCAGAUCCUAGUGAAAGCAAUCAUCCUUACAGAAAGUGGGUCGACAAUUAUGCAUCUGAAGGUUUUCAGGCGUCAGCUCUGCAAAUUGAGGACUUGCUGGAUAAACUAAGUGUCUCUUUGACAGGCGAAGAACUUGACAUCAUUGAAAAGCUUUAUCGUCAAGCUAUGAAACUUGAGAUAGAGUUCUUUUCUGCUCAACCAAUUUCUCAACAAACUGUGCUGCCUCUGGUUAAAGAACAUAAUCCUGCAGAAGAUCAUCUCAUAAUAUUUUCUGAUUUUGAUUUGACGUGCACUGUUGUGGAUUCAUCCGCCAUUUUGGCAGAGAUUGCAAUAAUAACAGCACCAAAAUCUGAUCGGUAUCAACCUGAAAAUCAAAUUGUUCGGAUGUCGUCAGCUGACCUGAGAAACACAUGGGGUGUUCUUUCCAAGCAGUAUACAGAAGAGUAUGAACAGUGCAUAGAAGAAAUUAUGCCCUCAGAAAAAUUUGAUGAAUUUAACUAUGAAGCUCUGCGCAAGGCACUUGAGCAACUUUCAGAUUUUGAGAAAAGGGCAAAUUCUAGAGUGAUUGAAUCUGGAGUACUUAAGGGUCUAAAUGUUGAAGACAUAAAACGAGCUGGUGAACGCCUAAUUCUCCAAGAUGGUUGUGCUAGUUUCUUUCAGAACCUCGUAAAGAAUGAAAAUUUGAAUGCACAUGUCCAUUUACUUUCAUAUUGUUGGUGUGCUGAUCUUAUUAGGUCUGCCUUUUCAUCAGGUGGCUUGCAUGUUCUGAACAUACUUGCUAAUGAAUUCAUAUAUGAAGAAUUAAUUUCAAUGGGUGAAAUUGUCAAGAAGGUGGAGUCUCCUGUUGACAAGGUGGAGGCCUUCAGCAACAUCCUUAAAGACUCCGGCAAUGAAAAAAAGAACUUAACCGUGUAUAUUGGAGAUUCAGUGGGUGAUUUACUUUGUCUGCUUGAGGCAGAUAUAGGCAUUGUAUUUGGAUCAAGUUCAAGCCUACGGAGAGUGGGGACUCAAUUUGGUGUUUCUUUUGUCCCAUUAUUCCCUGGCUUGGUUAAGAAACAGAAAAAAUGCAGCGAAGCUGGCUCUUCUAAAUGGAUGGGGCUAUCUGGUGUUCUUUACACGGUGUCUAGUUGGGCUGAAGUACAAGCCUUUAUUUUGGGGUGCUAGUUUUGUAUUCUUGUUCUCGUGCACAUUUUCUCAUGGUUGCGAGGGCAGAGGAAGGAAUCCCAAAUAUAAUUACACACAGAUAUACAAGUUGGUGGCUAGUUUUAGAAUGGGCCACAGAUUGGCUGUUGUCUUAUCUUCCAUUCAGAUAAUAAAUGUUGUUCAGUUGGCUAGAUAUGCCGAUGAUGAGCAGAUAUAAGGCAACGGUGAAUUUAGAAAGAGGAAGUCCUGUCAUUUUGUCUGGCUGUUCAAAUAAUUCAGAUAAAGUGCUUUGCUUUCAUAGGUUACUGCCACUCCAUAGUUUCCAGGAAUGGCAAUUUAUUGAAGACUUGUAAAUUUUAGCUCAAUCUUAAUUGAUGAUGUUCUUGCUAGUCAUUACUUGAACCUGCAAUCUGUUUAUAUAUAUGGUCAAUUUUAACUUAUCUGCAAUUGAGUGUACAAAUAA